AUGUGCUCGGUUGGGAGGCGCUGGGGCCGGCGGCAGCGAGUGCUGCUCUGGGGCGUCCUGCUGGCGGCCUGGGAGGCGGCGUGGGGGCAGCUGCGCUACUCGGUGCCCGAGGAGAUGCCCAAGGGCUCGUUCGUGGGCGACGUGGCCAAGGACCUGGGGCUGCAGAUGCCGGAGCUCCGAGACAGCGGCGUCCGCGUUGUCACCGAAGGUAGGACGCAGUAUUUCGUUCUGCACGGGAAGACGGGACAUUUAGUGACGGCCGAGAGGAUCGACAGAGAGCAGCUGUGUGAGAGUCUGGAGCAAUGCGUGCUGCGGUGUGAGGUGAUAGUGGAGGGGGAAAUGAAGUUUUAUGAAAUCGAAGUUGAAAUAAGGGAUAUUAACGACAACGCGCCAAACUUCAAGGAAAUAGAGCAGGAGGAGACGAUAAGCGAGAACACAGCCCCAGGUUCUCGGUUUCCACUUCCCAGGGCUCACGACCCCGACUCGGGACGGAAUUCCCUGCAGAGCUACGAGCUGAGCGGCGACGAGCACUUCUCGCUGGCCGUGCAGACGGGCCCCGGCGGGGAUCAGCGUCCCGAGCUGGUGCUGGCGAAGGCGCUGGACCGGGAGGAGGCGGCGUUCCACGAGCUGGUGCUGAGGGCGAGCGACGGCGGCGACCCGUUCCGGACGGGCACGGCGCGGAUCCGCGUGACGGUGCUGGACGCGAACGACAACGCGCCCGUGUUCAGCCAGGCGGAGUACACGGUGCGUGUGCCGGAGGACGUGCCCGUGGGCUCCACCCUCGUCACCGUCACGGCCACAGACGCAGACGAGGGUCUGAACGGGCACGUGAAAUAUUCAUUGAAAACAAAUGCAAAAAAAACCUCGGAGAUUUUCCAGCUGGACGCCGAGACUGGGGAGAUCACGCUUUUGCGAAGCCUGGACUUUGAGCAGAGAGACUCGUACGAACUGGAUGUGCAGGCACGGGACGGCGGCAGCCUGUCCGACAUGACGAAAGUUGCGAUCACCGUGACAGACGUUAAUGACAACGUGCCCGAGAUUUCGGUGCGGUCGGCGCUGACUGAGAUUUCUGAGGACGCCCCAUCGGGGACGGUGGUGGCCCUGCUACAGGUGCAAGACCGAGACUCAGGGGCCAACGGCGAGGUGCGCUGCUCCAUCGACGGGAGCGUCCCGUUCCGGCUGGAGAGCUCACAGGGCAGCUACUACCGCGUGGUGACGGCAAGAGAGCUGGACCGGGAGCAGGAGUGGGAGUACAACGUGACGGUGCGGGCGGCCGACGGCGGUCGUCCGUCGCUGCAGAGCAGCAGGGUGCUGUGUCUGCGGGUGCUGGACGUGAACGACAACGCGCCGGUGUUCUUGCAGGAGCGCUACAGCGCUCGGCUGCGGGAGAACAACGUGGCGGGCGCGCUGGUGCUGCGGGUGCGGGCGACGGACUCGGACUGGGGGGAGAACGCGCGCGUGCGGUACCGUCUGGGGGAGGGCGGUGUGCGGGGCUCGGCGCUGUCGUCGUACGUGUCGGUGCAGGAGGAGACGGGCGCGCUGUACGCGCUGCGCUCGUUCGAUUACGAGCAGGUGCGCGAGGUGGGGCUGUGGGUUUGGGCGGAGGACGGCGGCUCGCCGGCGCUGAGCAGCAACGUGUCGGUGCGGCUGGUGAUCGUGGACGAGAACGACAACGCGCCGCAGGUGCUGUACCCGCCGGCGGCGGCGGCGGCGGCGGCGUCGGGCUCGGGCUGGGCGGGCGUGGAGCUGGCGGCGCGGUCGAGCGAGGCCGGCGCGCUGGUGGCCAAGGUGGUGGCGGUGGACGCGGACGCGGGUCAGAACGCGUGGCUGUCGUACGAGCUGGCCAAGGCGACGGAGCCGGGGCUGUUCCGCGUGGGGCUGCACAGCGGCGAGGUGCGCACGGCGCGCUCGCCACUGGCCCGCGACGCGGCGCGCCAGAGCCUGGUGGUGCUGGUCAAGGACCACGGGCGGCCGGCGCUGUCGGCCACGGCCACGCUGAGCGUGGUGCUGGCCGACAGCGUGGCCGAGCUGCUGGCCGAGCUGGGCAGCGCGGCGCGGGCCGAGGCGGAGGCGGGGGCGGCCGAGGCGGGCGGCAGCCUGACGCGCUGGCUGGUGCUGGCCGUGGCCGCCGUGUCGUGCCUCUUCGUCGCCUUCCUGCUGCUGCUGCUGGCGCUGCGCCUGCGGCGCUGGCGGCGCUCGCAGCAGCAGCUGCUGGCGGCGGCCAGCGGCGCCUUGCGCGGCGUGCCGGCCACGCACUUCGUGGGCAUCGACGGCGUGCGCGCCUUCCUGCACUCCUACUCGCACGACGUGUCUCUCACGGACGACUCGCGCAAGAGCCACCUCCGCUUCUCGACCGACAGCUGCUGCCACACCCUGCCGGCCCGGCCGCCGCCCGACGAGCCCGCGCCGCUGCUCGGAGACCAGGAACCUGCUGGUGACCGCCCCGCGGACCCCGCCCCUCCCCCGGUGAGUUCCUCCAUUAAGCGAGUACUUUGGCGCUCGCUGCUACUAACAGAACAGAGACCCCAUGGGCGGUGCAGCCCCAGCAGGGCCCAAAGUUGGUCCCCGCUGGUGGCGGGCGUGAGGCGGCUGCAGUGUUGUGUCGGCGCCUCCGGGUGCCGCUGUUGGCCGCCGGCGAGCGUUGCUGGAGCCGCGGCGGCGGCCGGCGGUGCGUCCUGUCCCCGGCGGCUGCUGGCUCGUCCGGGCAGUGCGGGCCAGAGCGGCAGCGGCCCGGGCAGCAGAGGCGAGAGGCGGCGCGGCGCGGGCAGCAGAGGCGUCCGAGUUGGAGGCGGCGGCGGGCUGGGUGCGCUUUGUCGGGCGCUGCGGCGGCCGCGCGGAGCGGCUGCGAGGGAGGCAGGGCAGCGGCAGGAGCCUGGCGAGCUUGGCGAGCGAGCGCCGUGGGCAAUGUCGGGCGGGCGGAGGGCGAGCGGCGGGCCGGGCGGCGGGCGAGCGCUGGUGCUGGGCGCUGUGCUGCUGGGCCUGUGCUGGCGGGCGGCGGCGGAGCGGCUCCGCUACUCCAUGGCCGAGGAGCUGCCCAGAGGCUCGCUGGUGGGGCCGCUGGCCCGGGACCUGGGGCUCAGCGCCCACGAGCUGCCGGCGCGCAAGCUGCGCCUCAGCGCGGACAAGCAAUACUUCACGGUGAGCGAGGGGAACGGGAACCUGUACGUGAGCGAGAGGCUGGACCGGGAGGAGCUGUGCGGCGAGUCGUUGUCCUGCUCGGUCAGCUUCGAGGCGCUGGUGCACAACCCGCUCAACGUCUUCCGUGUCGAGGUGGCCAUUGAGGACGUGAAUGACAACUCCCCGGUCUUCAGCAAGGAUGCCCUGGACCUCGAGAUCGGAGAAUGGACGGUUCCAGGUGCUCGUUUUCCUCUGGAGAUGGCCCGAGAUGCGGACGUGGGAAGUAAUUCCCUGAUUACUUAUCAACUCAGCAGCAACCCGUCCUUCUCUCUGGCCGUGGAGCAAAUUCCGGGUGGAAAAACGCAGCCGGAAUUAGUGCUGGAGAGAGCGCUGGACCGGGAGAAGCAGAGCUCCUUUGAACUUAUACUGACGGCAGUAGAUGGCGGAGACCCAGCGAGGUCCGGGACUGUCCAGAUCCGGGUCAACGUCACAGACGCCAACGACAACCCGCCCGUGUUCAGCAAAAGAGUGUACGAGGCGCGAGUGGCAGAGAAUCUGCCGGCGGGGUCGCUGGUGCUGCAGGUGCGGGCCACGGAUGCAGACGCGGGCUCCAAUGGGCGGGCCUCCUACUCCUUUGGCAACAUCCCGGCCGGGAUCCGCGAGUCGUUCUCUAUCGACAAAGAGAGUGGUGAGAUCAGGACCGAGAGGCCCCUCGAUUUCGAGGAGGCGACUAAAUACAGGUUCGGUCUGGAAGCCAGGGACGGGGGCGGACUCAUUGGUCACUGUGAAGUGCAGAUAGACGUCAUAGACGAGAACGACAAUGCGCCCGAGAUCACCAUUCUGUCACUGUCGAGCCCCGUGCCCGAGGACGCACCGGUCGGCACCGUGGUGGCCCUACUCAAAGUUCGGGACAGAGACUCCGGCGAGAACGGUGAGGUGUCGUGUGAGCUGUCGGGAGAGGCGCCGCUGUCGCUCGUGGCGUCGUCGGGCGGCUCGUCGAAGGUGGUGACGGCGAGCGCGCUGGACCGCGAGCAGGCGUGCGAGCACCGCGUGACGGUGGUGGCCCGGGACCGGGGCAGCCCGUCGCUGUGGAGCAGCAGGGAGCUGGUGCUGGAGGUGUCGGACGUGAACGACAACGCGCCGGUGUUCGAGGAGGCGUCGUACAGCGCGUACGUGCGGGAGAACAACUUGGUGGGCGCGCUGGUGUUGCGCGUUGUCGCUCGGGACUCGGACGCGGGCGCGAACGGGCGCGUGAGCUACUGGCUGUCGGGCGGCAGCGCGGGCGCGGCGGGCGCGGCGCCGCUGGUGUCGGUGGAGGCGCGGAGCGGCGCGGUGUACGCGCAGCGCUCGUUGGACUACGAGCAGUGCCGCGAGUUCGCGGUGGCCGUGCGGGCGCAGGACGGCGGGUCGCCGGCGCGCAGCUCGACGGCCACGGUGCGCGUCUUCGUGCUCGACCAGAACGACAACGCGCCGCGGGUGCUCUACCCGCCGCCGGCAUCGGGAGCGGCGUCGCCGGGCUCGGCGGGUUCGGCCUUCGAGGUGGUGCCGCGUUCGGCGUCGGCCGGCUACCUGGUGGGCAAGGUGGUGGCGGUGGACGCGGACGCGGGGCGCAACGCGUGGCUGUCGUACGAGCUGGUGCAGGCGUCGGAGCCGGCGCUGUUCCGCGUGGGGCUGCAGAGCGGCGAGGUGCGCACGGCGCGGGCCGUGUCGGAGAGGGACGCGGCCAAGCAGCGCCUGGUGGCCGUGGUGAAGGACCACGGCGAGCCGGCGCUGUCGGCCACGGCCACGCUGCACGUGGUGCUGGCCGAGAGCUUGCAGGAGGCGCUGCCGGAGCUGAGCGAGCGGGCGGCGGGCGCCGAGGCGGCGGGCGAGCUGCAGUUCUGGCUGGUGCUGGCGCUGGCGCUGCUGUCGGCGCUCUUGGUGCUGAGCGUGGCGCUGUUGGUGCUGGCGCGGCUGCGGCGGGCCGGGCCGCCCGCCGUGCUGCGCUGCCUGGGCGCGCAGCGCUUGUCGCUGGCCGGCGCCGCCUUCCCGGCCGACUUCUGCGAGGGCACCUUGCCCUACUCCUACAACCUGUGCGUGGCGGCUCCGCCCCGCGCCGCCGCCGAGGCCGCUUGGCCGCCGCCGCCGCUGCCCAUCGUGCCCGCGGAGGAGCUUGUGGCCGGGGAGCCCCGCGAGAAACCGAGUCCGAGCAGCAGCGCCGUCGUGGAACAGCCACCCACCGACCUCCAUGCACCGCAGAACUGCCUGUUCUACGUAGGCGUACAAUGCGAUCUAAAGAAGAAAAUCACAUGGCGCUGGGCGGGCAGCGCUCGGUUAGUGCAGCGCCGGGAGGAGGCUGCGGGCGCCGCUGUUGACCGAGAGGAGCGAGAGGAAGGUGGGAGCACUGCAGCCCCGCCCGCUGCGGCCCGGCUCGAUCGCUGGAUCGCUGGAUUCCUGGAUCGGCGGCCGGGCGUUCUGCGAUCUUCCCUGCGCCGCGGAGCCGUGUUGCGCAGAGGCAUUGGGGCAGCGAGAGCGGCCAGGAGCGGCGAGUCGUAG